GUUUUCCAGCGUGUUAGGAAGUUGGGUGAUAUCUAGUCUCUUUCGAGUGAGGUAUCACGUGUCUUGUGUGUGUGUGUGUGUGUUUAUUAAUCACAGCGGCUGACGUUGUCAUAGCAACAGAACCAAUAUGUCUGCUGAUAACAACACUGUUACACCAGUAAAGAAAAACUUCAAAGCUUUCGCCUUGAAAAUGCAUCGAAUCAAAAAGAUACUGAAGCCAGUGAUGAAGCUUCUUCAUAAGCAAUGUCAUCGGUUCGAAGCCCGGGAACAGCAUAUCCCGGCUCCCCAGUCUACAACAGUGAAACCACAACUUACGGAUGAGUCGGAAACCUUCCAGAAUUCUGCAAAUGAAGCACUGGAGUCUCGCCUCCGCGACGACCUGAUUCAGAAGUCCGAGGAGGCGGGCGGUGUGAUCGGUGUGUGGGUAGAGGGGAGGAUGACCUUGAUUCCGGUGACACGAGGUCGCCAGCACAUCCCAGUCCCAGUUCAUUUCGCUUGUACGCCAUCUGGGGAUUUCGCUUGGACGCCCCUGCCCGACAGUGACGUAUGGUGGCGUGGAGGUGUACAGACAACAGGACAAACAGCUGAAGAACAGGUUCCGUCAAGCAGGAAAAUUGAACUUGAAUAGUUUCAAUGAGCUUAAUUUUUUAAUCAGUACAGCUGAAAAAAUUACGAGUACCUGAAACGAUUCCUGAAGCGAACUCGAUGAAAUGAAACAUGCCUUGUGAAUGAUCGACAUUAAAAUGUGAUAAUAAGUUUAAUGACUGAGUUUGCUCAAUCAUCAUCGAAAACAGUAUACAUCUGAAAUUUUUAAAACACGUUGAAGUAAUCGUGUCUGUUUUCAAUUGAAUGAAAAAUAGCAGUUUAUUUUAAAAUAUCAUUUGAAACAAUGUUGAAUGACUGAUUCCUCAAAUUGUACAUACCUACUUAAAGUGAAAUGUGAUAUCUAUUUAGAGUAAUAUUUGCCUGUGAUGUUUUUAGCUUUAAUUCAAUGUCUGCUUCUGUCUUCCAUGUGUAAUACUAAUGUUCACAUUUCAUUAACAAUUAUGAAAAUAAAAUAAGUUUAUUGA